CUACUGUCAAUAUCUCUGUCUCUCCUUUCAUCGCACAUAUACCCUCACCAUGGCUGCCUCGAGCUCUUCACUAUCUUCUGUGGUCUCUAACCUCGUCAGAGCACAAAUGGGCGUCUCUAUGGCUAAGAACACGAGCCAAGUCACAGACGAGGACCUUGAUCGACAUGUCGCUGAGUUGAUACUGAAAGAGGCGAAGCAGAAGGCUGAGAAGUAUGGCAAGGAAGGCUAUAAGGCUUAUUUACCACAGAAUGAGUGGCAAGAUAGUAACGCUCCACGCCCGAACAAGCGUUUUUUGUCAUCUAUCAUAAAGUCCACAGAUGACCAUAAUAAAGCUAUUUUGCGGGCUCAAGCACAGACUGCGCAGGAGAUCCGACAGGAGAGAGAAGAGCAGGAGAGAAAAGAGAGACGGAUGAGGGCUGAGGAGGCUGUCGAGGCGGAGAGGAUGCGACGGUUAAUGGGUGGCUCGAGCUCAUCUUCGAGGUCAAAAUCGUGGAGGGACAGGAGGGAUAUCGACGAAGACGACGAUGGGAGCUGGAGCUGGAGUGCCAGCGGUAGUAAGAGUCGAACUGGGAAGCGGAGGGAGAGGAGCUGGGAGAGACGUGGCGAUGAUUAUGAGGCUGAGGACAGAGAUAGACGGGGUAGUAGGCGACGUCGAGAUGGCGAGGGUGGAGACCGCCAUGAACGGAGUCGGACACAUCGUUCGCGGAGGGAGUCGAGGGAAGGGGAGAAAAGUGCCAGACACGACGACGAAGACAGGCGGCACCAUCGAUCACGUUCCCCAAACGCUGCCCGACACUCUCGGCGACAUACCUCGACCAAGGAAGAAGGGAAUGAACCAUCUGACCGCGAACGUCGCCACCACAUAUCUUCACAUCGACGACGCCACCGCGACCCUGACGAUGAAGGAAGACAUCGUGAUGAUGACAAGGAUGAUCACCAUUCCAAUAAACGCUCUCGCCGGACGACAUCACCAUCGCGCUCGCCUUCACGGUCUCGAACUCUUUCUGAUGGCGUGGACGAUGUUCGUCCAUCCGAGAAGACAUCUCGAACCAGCCGAAGCCCAAGUCCACGUCACACAGUCGGCCCCGAAGAUCAAGAGGCAGACCUUCGCCGACGCUUGAAAGGCAAAGGCAAAGCCGAUAACUCAGUGUCUCAUAAUACAUCCACUCGCACAUCCGAUACUAGGGCACCGAACCCAACAACAUCCCGUCGCCAUUCAUCUUCGCCUCCCCGACAACGGAGGUCUUCCACACCUCCGUCACGCCGACGCUCACCCUCGCCACCUCCUCACCAGCGGUCACAUUCCCCAGCUUCUUCAUCCCGACCGCCAUCACCCGUCUCCAAGAUGGACAAAUACUUCGCAGAGUCAUACGACCCACGUCUCGACGUUGCACCUCUCACGGCGUCAAUCCCUGCCGUCCCUGCUACUGGUCUAAUAGAUGAUGCAGCAUACGAAGGUUGGGACGCAAUGUUAGAGCUCAUACGUAUCAGGAGAGAGGACAGAGAGGAGAAGAAGAGGUUGGAGAAGAUGGGCAUCUCGACGAAGAGUUUGAAGAAGAAGGAUAAGGAUCGGAAGGGAAAGGGGAGUGGGACACUGAAUGGUGGAAUGAGUGGUUGGGCGGAGGAUGAGGUUAAUGUAAUGGGGAUCGAGUAUAAGAAGAAGGGGGAGAAGAGGGAGUGGGAUUUGGGGAAGGAGGGAUUUUAAGUUUGUGGACGAUGGAUAGCUUAGUCUUACCGGUGUUCGGAACUCUUUAUUCAUGUGACUGUGCAUCAGUAGAAAUGUCAC